AUGUCGAAUUUGAAGUUUGCAGUGGAAAUCUUUGUUGGAAUUGGGAAUUUCGGCAUAUGGCAAGGUGAGAGUGACUACGGAGAUAUAAUCGAUUGUGUUAAUAUCUACAAACAAAUCAGUUUCGACAAUCCAUUGAUUAAGAGCUCGCAACUAAAUCUUAACUUGGAGCAGAUGAAAAGGGAUAACUAUUUCCCCAAGAAUAAGAUUGUCCAGGACUGGCAUAGAAAUGGAGAAUGCCCAUUUCAAACAGUCCCUAUUAUAAGAUCCCUUACACGUGAAACUUCCUUGUUUCAUUCACUUCCAGCCAUCAAGAAUGUUGCAAUUAAGAAUCAUGAGCAUGCAAUGGUAUCGAAUAAAAAAGGAAACUACUACGGUGGUUCUGCAAUAUUCAGUGUUUCGAAACCUCGAACUGAGGAAGGUGAUUUCAGUUUAGUGCAACUUUGGCUCGCAACUGAUCUUAGUACACCGAAAUCAAACUCUAUUGAAGCCGGUUGGACAGUCCAUCCCCACAUGUAUGGAGACAGUAAAACAAGGUUUUUCAUAUAUUGGACAAAUGAUGGCUAUAGCAAUACAGGAUGCUAUAAUCUCAAAUGCCCUGGCUUCGUGCAAACAAGCCAAUCAUUUGCCAUUGGUGCGCCCCUAAUAUUACCGAUUUCCACCUUGGACAAUACAACGACCGAGAUACAAAUUUCUAUCUACAAGAUAUUUAGAGGUUUAUCCUUUUUAGCACAAUUAUCACAAUCAUAG